AUGCCCACAAGCAUCGGAAGCGUCAAUCCCUCGCGACGGGCAAAACAGCUCGCCCCGCCGCAAAGGCACAUCCUGUCGGACUCAGACUCGGACGCUGGGCAAGACUCGGACCAGGAUUCGGACUUCCAUCCCGGAGUCGACCUGGGACGCAGCCAAAGCUUUGGCCACACGAGUGGCACACCCCAUGGAGCAGAUCGUACCGCCAUUACUCCCAUUCUUCCGAGGAAGGGCCCUGCUUCAUCUGCGCAAGCAGAACCCGCUGUGGCCAGUGCACCCCCGCCCGCUCGUCGAGGAAGAAAGCCGAGCGGCCUAUCUCGAAGCGCGCGUGAGGCGCAGAGAAAGUUGAACCAUUCGAUUAUCGAGAAGGCCAGGCGAACCAAGAUCAACGAUGCGCUGGCGACUUUGCGUGAGCUCAUCCCAGCGGACUACGGUCGCACCCACGAAGAAGAUGAAGAGGACGAGGCAGACCAGGGCAAGAAAGGCGGCAAGAAGGGAAAGAAGGAAGAGAAGGAGUUCAAGUUGGAGAUCCUCGUCAGAACUGUAUCGUUCAUGAAGGAUUUACUAGAGAGGAUUCGCGUUCUGGAGGCCGCCCAGCAGGGCGCUCGCGACGUUGACGACGACGUGUCGUCUGCCCCUGUUCCAACGAGUGAGGGGAAGAAGAGAAAGAGACGGAAUGAAGCCUGCGAUGAUAUACAAGACGAUUCACGUAACGAUGACCAAAGAAGGUCAAAGAAGCGACAUGUUGAAGCCUACACGUCCGAUAGCCUUGCGGCUGCGCUCCCGCACCAGUUGACUGACCUUCUCAACGGUCCUUCCUCUCUUAGUGCUGUUCAUCCAAGCGACCCUACCAUCAACUCCACUAGCCACCAUUCUCGCUACACGCGCACGUCUCGUCUUCCUUCCAUAUCGUCUUGGUUGAACACGGUUGCUCCCUUAGACUCGCCAGGCGUUCCCCCGAUCUCCCCAAAUACGCCCUUGGCAAACAUUGACCCAGCUUUACGCGCCCUUUCUCAAAGGGUAGAAGAAGACUACAGUACUGCAGACCCAGAGUCCAAGAAAUAUUCUGCCAUGCAAGCAGCACCGCACUCGGGGUCAUACCUACCCUCUCCUCCGCCUUCAACACGCUUCUAUCCAUUAUCUCAAAGAGCCGGCCACAACGAUGUCCCUGCGCCCUUGAACCUUGGAGAAGCAUACACCGUCGAUGCCCGCAACACCACGAGAGAUCAUCGCACUUUCACGAGUGCGAGCGGCCCCCAUACGCCCGAUGAGGACUCUGCUGCGUCGAUGCUGUUGGAAAUCAGCGCCAGCUUGACGCCGCCGACGCUCCCAAUCUCGACCUCCCCGAGGAUCACGUCUUCGACGUCCGCGGAGAGGCUAAGCCUUUCUCCCCCCACUCUUAUGCUCGCUGCUCAUACGGGCGGCAAACACACCGCCACUCCAUCUGGACCUGGGGAGUCCGAACACCCCCGCAAAGAAGUAUAUCUCGUCUCCCCGCGUUUGGGCCCAGAGUGGCGCUCCGAAGAUGAUGAGAUCCUUGAAACGCCUCGCGAUGGAGAACGCUCCUCUUCCGCUGCGAAGUGCACCCCUUCAUCUUCGCGAGUGCGCACGAACUCACGCACAUACGAAAAAGAGAGCCGCCACGGGUCCCUUACUCCCCAGACGCCGAGCUCGCUACUCGGGAUGGGUGGCGUGGAGAGGGUGAUGAGCCGCCUGGGUCUCGGUGCUAGGGAAGUCACGGAGUGA